UUACCAACAUGCCCGUACAAUCCAAGCUUCCUGAUUCGUGGGACGAUCGCAAGGUAUUCUGGCUGGUGGCGCAUCAACGAAUCACUAGUUUUUCCAAGAGACGACACAGACAUGUUGAGUAGAGGCAGCCCCUGGCAUUGGUUCCAGCCCAGUCCCCUUGCCGACAGGAAAAAAGUCAGUGUAGUUGUGAAUAAGCUGUUGACUUACUUUAAGUCAAGGUAUGAAAGAAGUAGACUCUUUAUAGAUUCUAUAUUCUCAUGAACGAUGAGAGGGCAGCAAUGUGUGUUCCUGUUUUUUCUUAAGUUUCCCCUUUAAGAUCCGUAAAAAUCCAUUUAACAAAACGCGAAACAGAUCACCACAGUUAUUUUUCCAACAAACCACUGCACUUUUCCAUGCCACUUUUAUCGUUAGCUGGGACCUUUAUAUAAGUAAUGGUAACAAGACUGAGUGGAGUCUAAUUCGGUCUGUAAUCAUACGAGUGAUUAACAAAAUCGGACGACCGCGUAGCGGGAGUCCGAUUUGUUUAAUCACGAGUAUGAUUUGUUUAAUCACGAUUAUGAUUACAGACCGAAUUGGACGUCACGAAGUUCUGUUACAAAAUUUGUGAUAUAAAUAGGCUAUUUUUUAAAUCAAAACACAAGAAAUUCGAAAUUUUGUUUCGCUAGCAGUGAAAAAAGAAAGCCAUUUAAGCGCGCGCGUGAUGGCGCGUGCUGUCCAAUUACUUAGGCAUGACGCGUACUGACCUAUUAAACUGUCCAAUUAAGGCUGAAAUCAGGGCAGUUGAUAGCCAAUCAGAUUUGACAAUUUUGUUAUAGUUAUGAUUAAGCUGUUAAUCAUGAGCAAUACGCGCGAACUUAACUUCCUGUGCAAUUUUACAUUCUUUAGUCAAAUGGGAAAUAAAAAUAAUCCUGAACAGUCCCCUUAACAGUUUUAAGGAAGCUCGGACCGGCGUCAUGCAGUAUAGAAAACGUCACUGACUGCCGCUGUCAGUCAUGUUGUCAUCCACCAAAGCAAUGGAGACCUUUAGAUUUUAAGAGGACGAGGCCGACUACGCCGGGAGGACGCGCCGGAUUUUCUAGACCCUGUUUGACUUGUUCUAGACACUUAGUAGUGCGCGCGAGUGAGCCAGUGUCAUACGAGAUGGUCGGCGUCAAAGUAACGCCGACGAGUUUUGGUGAGUGUCGUAGUAACGAAAACGAAUUAUUAUCAUCAUCAUCGACCCUAAGAAAACUCAACCCGUUCAACAAAAAUAACCGUGCUGACCUUUCUGCUGAAAAAAAGUACAAUGAUGCUUUCCGAAGUGUCUUGUUUUAGAAUACGCUUAAAAAAUUUAAGUUAAAUCUCGUUUAUGUAGCCGUCUGGGUCGCCCUCGAAUCUAAAGGUCUCUAAUAAUGAUAUGUGCAUAGCCUGAGUAGCAGACGUGGAAACGGGUAGGAGACAUAGGGGAGAAAGGGAGGGGGAUUGAGGAGAGAGGGUUUUGCGCUUUUCUCCCCCCCCCCCCCUUUUUGUGCCCUCCACGCAGGGGAAAUUUUUCCCCUUUACCAAACAAACCGCACUUUUAAUCACCCCGGUGUUUCUCAAAUCUUCUGGCUGGUUGUGUUCUUUUGAUCUUUUCUUUUUUUUUCUUUUUAAAGUUCUUUUAUAGUGGUGGGGGGAGGGGGGGGAGGUGGCGCGGGAAGAGGGUGGGGGAAGAGGGGGGAGAAAGGGGGGGGGCUUGGGGGGGAGGGGUUUUCCGCUUUGCUCCCCCCCCCCCCCUCCCCUUUUUGCGCCUGCUACGCAGGGUAAUAUGUGCACUUAUACCACACAACGUAGACUUUAACUCAACCGGUAGUUCUUCAAUUCUUCUGGUGGUAUUCGUCUUUCAUUUCUUUCCUUUGUUUUCCUUUUUAGGAAGUAUUACUUAAAAAAAGUCUACAAAGUGAUACAAAAAUCAGACCCCGGAAAUGGCGAUCGGUUUUUGUUGGAUCUUGAACUUGGUUUAAUGUAUGACCCAUUUAAUCGAUCAAUUCGCUUUGCACAACACGUGUACCAGAGAAACGGAAGUGAUAUAUUGUGCCAUCCUGAAGGAAUGAACUGGAACAACAGCGCCACAGUGUAUUUUAUCGUCCCUGUCAAGGAUCAAGGACUAUGGGUGCAUCAUUUCCUCAAACAGCUCAGCAUUGCGAGCUUAUUAACCGGUGACACGAACUUUCACGUCGUAAUCGCUGAUUUUCAAAGUAAAGAUAUUAACAUGAGCGAGGCGUUUAGCACAUCGUUACUCCGAAGUAGGCAUACAAUCAUUAAUUUAAUGGGAAAAUUUUCCAGGACUCUUGCCUUAAACAAAGCCGCCGAAGCAGUGCCUAAUGCGCAUGACAUACUUUUCGUGUUUGAUCUUCACAUUGAUGUGCCUGCAGACAUCAUGGAUAGCGUUCGAAAGGUUAUUCUAUUCAUAAUACCCACUAUCUGAUCUGUCUUCUCAUUCGUUAAAAGUCUUCAGUUAAUUUUGAAAAUCAGGGCAACCUAAAGGUACGGAAAAACGGGGAACAAAAAACAUGCAACUUGUCUUGUAACAUUGCUGCAUAACGAGUUAAAGAGCGAUGUUGCGCGUUUUACCAGGUUGUUAACAGGUCUGAGCAAGUGUGGUAAAACGCGCAACAUCGCCUUUCACUCGUUUUGCAGCAAUUUUGCAAAACAAGUUGCACGUUAUUGUUGCCCGUUUUACCGAAGCUUAAAGAUUUAUCUGCUAGCAUGUGGCGGAUUGAAUAAUCUGUAGGUUACUUGCGCAAUGCAUGAUGUCAAUCUGUGUUCCGUGUGACCGUUAGUCUCCUACAUAGCCGUUUUUAGUGUCGUCACGCAACGCUCCACCCCCAAAACACCGUACAUUUUUAAAAUAACGGAGCAUAAUAUCUUCUUUAAACUGUCCCAAGCACAACCAGUAUCACCAUUCCACCUUGUCAUUACAACGCUUUAUAAAACGGAGUAAAAAAAUAGGAAAUAGCGGGUAUCGAACCCAGUCCCUUCGGCUCCGAAGGUCAAGCGUUUCUCCACGUUCGAGAUUGAUAGAAAGGGCCUUACAAAUUCAUUCACUCAUUGAUUCAUUCAUUCAUUCAUUCACUGACGAUAGCAGAGAGCCUUAAGCCAGUGAGCUCAAAAACGAUUGUUAGAUUCGGUUUCUGUGAUUUGCGGAAUAAUCAAGCUCUGUAAGUGAUAUCAUCCGAGACCUUUGGUUGAUAACACUUACCUCGAACUUCAUGAUUCUGGAUAUCACAGAAACCUCAUCCAAUAAUUGUUUCUAACUAACUGACUUCCCUUUUCCUUUAUUAGCCACAAAACUGGUGUACUCUGCGUCACAGAUGACGUUCAAAUAUAAUUUAACCUCGGUUAGUAACGUCUGCGAAGGAGCGCCGGUAUCCAUAUUCUGGGAACUGGGCACCCAGCGGACUCAACGAAUUACCGGAAGUGCGUCUCGAAUUUCCUUUCAACCUGAUUGGCAAAUCGGCAAUCAUGGCGCGUACUCAAAUCCUGAAACACAGCUGUAGACCCAGCCUCGUACCCAGUCGCUCGCGAUCACUUUUGAGGGAUAUUUGAGAAAGCGCUCGUUCGUUCCCAGCAUCCCCCGUUUCUCGCUUGUCUCCAGCUCUCCCGUGUUCCCCAGUCCCCACUUAGCCUUGGGAAAACCUGUGGAGGAAGCAAGCUGAAGACCCAGAACAAGGAUUUUGGCGCCGUUUCGCAGACGGACUCAACAAAGGUUUAAUUUCGUCUUUGGCGAACGCUAAACUGGUGCCAAGUGAAAAACUAAGAUCACCAUUCAUACCUCAGAGAAAGGCUCCUGGAAAAAGAUUAAAGCAAUGAAAUCAAAUAGUAGUAAAUAUUAUCUCUCCUUCUCCUUAGAACACUAUUGCAGGUCGUAUGGUUUAUUUCCCGGCAGUGGGCCGCCUAGAUCAAGGAAGUAAUUCUGUGGAACAUCGAGGUUUCUGGCAAAUGAAUGGGUACGGACUAGUGGCGAUGUAUAAAUCAGAUUGGAUAAGAGUAGGAGGUAAGACUAAAACAAUUUAUCCUUUGCCGAAACUAGGGGAAAGCAUUUUCUCACACCAGAAUAGAGAGAUGAAGUGUGACGUCACGUUACCACGGUAGCAAAAUUUGUGGAUCACAAUAAUAGGGAGUUUUUGCUACCAUGGCAACGUGACGUAACGACUUCUCCUCUCUGUUAAGUUCAGUUAGGGCGAGAAGAGGCAAUCGUCACGAGAGGGAAACUGGGCCCAAUUAAAUUUCGCAAAGACUUCCGGGACCGCUAUAAGAAACAAGGGAAAAAACCGGCCCGUAUCCAGUAACAAUCUCAGAAAUAACUGCAGUGUUAGUCAUAUGGGCAUCCCCUUCUCAUAUAGAGAGAAGAAGUGUGACGUCACGUUACCAUGGUAGCAAAAUUUUUUUGGAUCACAUCAAUAGGAAGCUUAAGUAACGACGACGGUGACAGCAACGAGAACGGCCAAAAAGUAAUAAGUUUAGAUAACAAAACAACAACUUUGCACGUGCAUCACGCUUUUUUGUACAUUUCAUAACCGUCGUUGCACGAAUACGACGUGAAACUUCCUAAUUUUACGCGCCCGCUAUUUUUUGAUUAUUUUUGUUUCCUUCUUGUUUUUACUGCGCAUGUGCGUUCAACUAGGAAUGAAUACUAAAGACUACAAAUACAAGUGGGGCGGAGAAGACUGGGAUCUACUCGACCGCGUGUUAAUGGCGUCACUUGAAGUAGAGCGAAACAAGUACCCAGGCCUUUAUCAUCACUACCACCCCCCCAAAAAGUGGAAUUAG